AUGUUUAGUUUGGCUGAAGUGCUGCUGAGUCGGGGCCACAAAGUGGUGUUCGCUGUCGACCAGUCGUUUGCGGGAAAGUUAUCGCCGUUUGGUUUCAUCGAAGAGAUCAUAACUUCAGACGAAACUAAUAAUCAAAAGCCCGGCGAAAGCGAAGCCAAGGAUUUGCUCAAUUCGGGCCUUUUGUCAAACGUAACGCCAUUUAAAUCGAUGCAAAUUAUGAUGACUUUACCAUUCUUUGAGGGAUUAGUCGACAACUGCAGGGCUAAAGAACCACAGCUUAAGGCAAUUAUAGCCAAACAUAAUCCCGAUUUGUAUAUCAUUGACGACUUCAUCUGUUCUCCAACACUAAUCCACUCAACCAAACCCUGGGUUUUCCUGUUUAGCGGAAAUCCAUUGUUUGUCUUACACGACGACAGGACUCCUCCUGAAUGCUCGGGCUAUCCUUCAAACGGUGAUCGACAGAAGUGGCAGGAAUUCAGGGAAUUAUCAAAAAAUAUGUUUAAAAAACAAAGCAUUAAAUAUAAUGAAUGGAUGAAAGAGGAAGGCUUUCCCGUAAACAAUGAGAACAAUACACUUCCAAAUUCCCCGUAUCUUAAUAUCUAUGGCUUUCCCGAAGAACUCGAUUACACAGAUCUCAGACCACUUCCAGAGAAGUGGUUAAGAGUCGACACAUUCAUGAGAAAAGGCGAGAAACAAGAGUUUAAAAUUCCCGAUAAAUUCCGUGACAGAGAUAUAGAGAAAAGUAAACUAAUUUAUCUCUCAUUGGGUUCUAUGGGUUCAGUAAAUGUGGAUCUAAUGAAGAGAUUGUUAUCUAUUCUCUCGAAAUCAAACCACAAAUUCAUUGUCUCGAAAGGACUUCUCGGAGACACAUAUGAAUUGGCGGACAAUAUGUGGGGCGAGAACUCAGUUCCGCAGACAAAAGUGUUGCCAUUAGUAGAUGUG